UACGCCCUGCUGCCCGUGCGCAGCCUGCUGGCCGUCGGCUUCGGGCUCGUGGUGGCCACCUCGCACCUGCUGGUCACGGCCACCUUGGUCCCCGCCAAGCGCCCGCGUCUCUGGAGGACGCUCGGGGCCAAUGCGCUGCUCUUUGUGGGUGUGAACAUGUUCGGCGUGUUCGUACGCAUUGUGACAGAGCGCUCGCAGAGGAAGGCCUUCCUGCAGGCCCGGGGCUGCAUCGAGGACCGUCUGCGGCUGGAGGACGAGAACGAGAAGCAGGAGCGGCUGCUCAUGAGUCUCCUGCCCCGGAAUGUCGCCAUGGAGAUGAAGGAGGACUUCCUCAAGCCCCCCGAGAGGAUUUUCCACAAGAUUUACAUCCAGAGGCACGACAAUGUGAGCAUCCUGUUUGCAGACAUCGUGGGCUUCACGGGCUUGGCAUCCCAGUGCACGGCACAGGAGCUGGUGAAACUGCUCAAUGAGCUCUUUGGCAAGUUCGACGAGUUAGCCACGGAGAACCACUGUCGCCGCAUCAAGAUCCUCGGGGACUGCUACUACUGCGUGUCUGGCCUCACCCAGCCCAAGGCUGACCAUGCCCACUGCUGCGUGGAGAUGGGGCUGGACAUGAUCGACACCAUCACGUCUGUGGCUGAGGCCACGGAAGUGGACCUGAACAUGCGUGUGGGGCUGCACACUGGCAGGGUCCUCUGUGGUGUUCUGGGCCUACGCAAGUGGCAAUAUGAUGUGUGGUCCAAUGACGUGACCCUGGCCAAUGUCAUGGAGGCCGCUGGUCUGCCAGGGAAGGUACACAUCACAAAGACAACCCUCGCCUGCUUGAACGGAGACUAUGAGGUGGAGCCGGGCCAUGGCCACGAGAGGAACAGCUUCCUGAAGACUCAUAACAUUGAGACCUUUUUCAUCGUGCCGUCCCAUCGGAGAAAGAUUUUUCCCGGCCUGAUCCUCUCGGACAUCAAGCCUGCCAAGAGGAUGCGGUUCAAGACCGUAUGCUACCUGCUGGUGCAACUCAUGCACUGCCGGAAGAUGUUCAAGGCCGAGAUCCCCUUCUCCAACGUCAUGACCUGCGAGGAUGAUGACAAGCGGAGGGCGCUGAGAACAGCUUCGGAAAAGCUAAGGAACCGCUCGUCCUUCUCCGCCAAUGUGGUCUACACCACGCCAGGCACGCGGGUCAACAGGUACAUCAGCCGGCUGCUGGAGGCCCGGCAGCCCGAGCUGGAGAUGGCAGACCUCAACUUCUUCACGCUCAAGUAUAAGCACGUGGAGCGGGAGCGGAAGUACCACCAGCUGCAGGACGAAUACUUCACCAGCGCCGUAGUCCUCGCCCUCAUCCUGGCUGCCUUAUUUGGCCUUAUCUACCUUCUGGUAAUCCCACAGAGUGUGGCUGUCCUGCUCUUGCUCGUGUUCUGCAUCUGCUUCCUGGUUGCCUGUGUGCUGUACCUGCACAUCACCCGGGUCCAGUGUUUUCCAGGGUGCCUGACCAUCCAGAUCCGCACUGUCCUGUGUGUUUUCAUCGUGGUCUUAAUCUAUUCCGUGGCCCAAGGAUGUGUGGUGGGCUGCCUGCCCUGGGCCUGGAGCUCCAAGUCCAACAGCUCCCUGGUGGUCCUGGCAGCCGGCGGCCGGCGCACUGUGCUGCCUGCCCUGCCCUGUGAGUCUGCCCACCAUGCCCUGCUGUGCUGCCUGGUGGGCACCCUCCCACUAGCCAUAUUCCUGAGGGUGUCCUCCUUGCCAAAGAUGAUUCUGCUGUCCGGGCUCACCACAUCCUACAUCCUUGUCCUGGAGCUCAGCGGCUACACCAAGGCAGGGGGCGGAGCCCUCUCUGGACGCAGCUACGAGCCCAUCAUGGCCAUCCUGCUCUUCUCCUGCACGCUGGCCCUGCAUGCCAGGCAGGUGGACGUCAGGUUGCGGCUGGACUACCUCUGGGCUGCGCAGGCAGAAGAGGAGCGGGAUGACAUGGAGAGGGUGAAGCUGGACAACAAGCGGAUCCUCUUCAACCUCCUGCCGGCCCACGUUGCACAGCACUUCCUCAUGUCCAACCCUCGGAACAUGGACCUGUAUUACCAGUCCUACUCCCAGGUGGGUGUCAUGUUUGCAUCCAUCCCCAACUUCAACGAUUUCUACAUUGAGCUGGACGGCAACAACAUGGGCGUGGAGUGUCUGCGGCUGCUCAACGAGAUCAUCGCUGACUUUGAUGAGCUCAUGGAAAAAGACUUUUACAAGGACCUAGAGAAGAUCAAGACCAUUGGAAGCACGUACAUGGCUGCAGUGGGGCUGGCGCCCACUGCGGGGAGCAGGGCUAAGAAGUCCAUCUCUUCCCACCUCUGCACGCUGGCCGACUUUGCCAUUGAGAUGUUUGAUGUCCUGGAUGAAAUCAACUACCAGUCCUACAACGACUUUGUCCUCCGAGUUGGCAUCAAUGUCGGUCCAGUGGUGGCUGGGGUGAUCGGCGCACGCAGGCCCCAGUACGACAUCUGGGGAAACACGGUCAAUGUGGCCAGUCGGAUGGACAGCACCGGGGUGCAGGGCAGGAUCCAGGUGACCGAGGAAGUCCACAGGCUGCUGCGGAAGUGUCCCUACCAGUUCGUGUGCCGAGGCAAGGUCAGCGUCAAGGGCAAGGGGGAGAUGCUGACCUACUUUCUUGAAGGCAGGACUGAUGGGAACGGUGUCCACGCACGGCCCAUGCACCUGGAGCGGAGGAUGUGUUCUUAUGGGGGAGCUGGAGGCCAGGCCAGGCGGCCCCCGCUGUGCCCUGCAGCCAGGGCCAGGCUCCCCCCAGCACCCCCAGGCCCGUACCUGCCGUCCACAGCUGCAGGGAAGGAGGCUUAGUGGACCCACCUGGGCCGCUGGAGGCACAUGCAGGGCGACAUGGGCCACCACGGCCCCAGCCAGGACCAGCCAGAUGAGCAGAGCAGAGAGCCAGUGGCCGGGCUGCACAAGGAGCAUUGUCCACGUGUGGCCUGGGCAAGGGCCGACAGGAGCCACGCCGUGCCACCCCGACCUGCCCGGGUCUGGCCGGCGUGGGCACUGGGACUUUGAGGAGGUCUGCUGUGGAGGUCUGGCUGGCCGAAGGACAGAGGAGCCACCACAAGUGAGCCCCCAGUUGGCGCCAGGACAAGAGGUCCAGGUGCGCACAGGCCAGUGGUGUUGGGGACAGGACGGUAUGGGGAGCACUGCAAGGUCACCUCUUGCUGUCUGGGGAGGGGCCGCUGGCUUCCUCGAGAGCAGAUCUAUGCUGUGAGCCAGAGGCCAGUCUUCUGGAUCCUCAGCCAGCACCAGCUGCUUCUCCUGUCUGUGUCCCCUGCCCUGCCGUCCCACCUGGCUCCUGUGACAGCUUGGCUGGUUCCACCUGCACGUGACUGUUCCCAGGAGAAUGGGCGCCUUUCCUGCUUUCUGCAAGGUUUGUGGGGUCCUGGGUGAAGGAUGACAACUCAGACUCCAUUUACGCAGAGAACACGUGACUUCAUACACCCACAAGUCAGGUUCCUGGAAGGAAGACAUCGUGUCCCUGGCACCACACCACUGGCCCUCUGGGGGACGUGGUCGUUUGCAGAGAAUGUGGUCCUGCAUCCGGCGGUCCUGCUGCGGUGUGCAGAGAGGCUGCAGGUGGUCCCAUUGACACCCGGGACCUCUCACCUGUGCUUCCUGGUGACCAGCGGAGAUGAAGACAAGAAGUGGGUGACGGGGGACCGGCAGAGCGGUAGGGAGGGACCGGCUGGAAUUGCCAGCAAGCCUGGCUCCUGGAGACCUCUGUCCUUGCUCCAGGGGAGGGGGCAGUUGGAAACAGGGCUGGGGGAUGGUCUAGGUAGGUGCACUGGCAAGGGGACAUCCAGAGGAAAGGUUGCCGGCGUGGCUUGUGGAGAGCAGGUGGGCCGAGCCCUGUCCUUUCCUGGCUGUGGGGCUCCCCCAACUGCCUCUGGAUGGGUCCCAGACCCAGUUGUGUGGCUACUAGGGUGAUGCUUGGGGUAGACUGACCAUGGGCCCCAGGUGACUCGGGACGGAGGUGGGGACAGCCCACGGUCCUGGCAUCUCCGUGUAUGGGAGAUGUUCUCAGGUGCUUCCCUGUCUUCGGGGUAUCCAUCAGGGGCCAGGAGGAUGCUCCUGAGGCCUGGCAACGUCAUCUGGUCAUCAGCUGUGACUGAGCCGUGGCCUGAGACCCUGCCCAGAGCAUCUGCCACCUGCGGGCCUGGGUUCUGUCGCCCCCAUCCCACUGGGGUUUUCUUCUCUGUCUCCCCACCAGAUGUGAAGAGGUAGCUGAGAAGGGGCACAGGCGAGCAGGGAGGUUGCAGGGUGAUGGGUGGGCUGUGGGGAAGGGCAGGGUUCCCAGCUCAGCCUGUUCCGGAUCUGUGCCCCUGUGUGGCUGCUGGGCUGUCCCAUUGUGUCGCAUCACACAGUAAGGGGACUUCACAGAUGGGAUUAGGGGAGGAGGAGUCUGAGGCCUGGAAGGGACCCUGAACUGCCCCAGUGGGCUCACUGUGGCCACACGGUCCCUCAGAAGUGGGAAAGGGGACAGGAGAGACUCAAAGCAUGGCCAGGGCUGAGCCCUGAUGGAGGAGGAGGUGACACUGACAACUCACAGCUGCUCCCAGACCCGCCGGCGAGAAGCAAGGUCAUUGCUCCCACAGCCACUGGGAGCUGAACUUGGCCACAGCCUGAACAGACAGCAGCAGUGACCCAGAGCUGCUGCGCAACAGUGGGACCGACCUUCGAGACUCAGAGCCAAGGCAGUGGCCACACUGGCCUGGGGCCUGGGUCCGCAUUGCUGCAGUCGCUACUGCGUGCCCUCUGUGGGCACGGGACCAUUCGGCAGGGCCGCUUGCAGCCUGGCACAGGCAGACAUCCCCAUCUCCAGCAGCAGCAGCAGCUCCAAACCCCACCUCCUUCCUUGAGGUCAGGAGCCACAUUCAGCCAUACAUACAUUCCUUGGGGUUUGGUGAAAAACCACUUAUUUCCUUUUUAUUUGUGAUAAACCUGUAUUAUAUUGCCUUAUUUAUUUUUAAUCUUGUACAGUAUUCAUGUACAAAUGUUAGAGCCAUUCGGAUAGGAGUCUUUUGGAACGAUUUAUUUUAAGAUGCUCUGUACAUAGUGCACCACUUACCGGUGCUGCCUGGCACUCGUACCAAAAAUGAGUAAAAGCCCGGCUCCGCCCCAUCAGCCCCGCCUGCUCGGCGAUGCCAUGGCCCUCGGGAAAUGUCCCUCUGUGUCCCCUCUUCGCAUGCCUCCCGUGCCUGCCACGUAGAGUAGAACACAGCCACAGAAUGCUUCCAGAGGCUUCCACAGGCUGCACCGACCCAAGCCGGUUCACUCCUGGGGUGCCUGUGUCCUGCAGCUGGACACCCCACACCCCCAGCAAUCCAGUUGUCAGCCCAUGUUUCUCAGACUCUAAGGUCAUGGGGUGUCCGGACCCUUCUGUCAAAGAAGCAAUAACCGUAACUCUAUGCUGUAGAGCCCAGUCUGGCCCUCACAGACUGGCCUUUCAGAGACAAGCCAUGCAUAGGCAUUUGUCCUGGGGGAAUGCACUGCCCCGAAAGACCUGGCUCUGGCCUCUGUCCCUAGGGUCCAGCUCAGUAUCCCAGGCAGGUGAGCAGAUGCAGCUGGUGUCCCUGUGCUCUUUUUAGGAGGAAGCAGGGCCCCUACCCUCUGAAGCCUUUCCCCAUCCUGAAUCUUAUUGCUGGCCUCCCACGAUCAGGAGCGUCUGGCAUUAAAAAGGUGCCAUUUCCAGGGCUGGCUGCUGCCCAGGCAGGAUGCCCAUCUUCCCCGGGUGAACCUGAGGGUGGCCAGGAAAGGCCAGGUGCCCAGGUUGAUGCGGAGGAUUGGGAUCCUGGGCAGGACACAGCCAACAACCAGCGAUCGGGGCUUUACUUCCAUUUCAUAGGAAGACUGCGCUGCAGUCCUGAUACCAACCCAGAAAGACUGCGCUCUGCUUGCUGUCAUGGCCCGGGUCAGAGAUAAGCGGUGUGAAUAGAAACAUUGAAGGUGCAGGCAGGACACCACCUGGGCAGGGCUGGCUCUGGGACCCCCAAGUCCUGGGGGUUUUGUUCUCAACCCAUGAAGGCCCUGAGUCCAACAGGGAAGCUCAGUGUGCAAGGCAAGGGUGGAUCUGUAUUGGCAGGGAGGACAGCGCACAUCUGAUAGCCUGGGUCCCGCAGGGUCACGGAAGCGCUGCUCACGCUUCCCACUCCGUGAACCUGCAGGUCUGAUGGGGGUGCAUAAAGUAGCACCAGAAGCAGACGUGAUGUGGCUUUGGAAUGGCUUCGAUGACUCACACAUGCACGCACACACACACACACACACACACACACACACAGGGCCUUCUUAGAGGCAUUGGAUUUGGAAAUACCAAGUUUGGUGAAAUUAAUGAAGAACACAGUGCAGCUUUUGUUGGCCCUGGAGCACCCCUCUCCCCUGCUGCCUCUGUUGUGAGAGCUCACGUCGUGUCCCUCAUUGCCGUCGAUUGCCAGCUGUGAGAGCAGGUGUGUGACGUUUGCGCAGACAGCAUCCUGGGGUUAGGUUUGCCUUCGUGCCCUUUAGGUGUGGGUUAGAGGAGCUGCGUGGGACUUAGGAGGACAUGGGGGAGUCAGAGCCCCACAGGCAGGAUCAGAGGUCGACAGGGUUGGCCUGAGUGUGGGAGGUUCAUUUCGGUGGCUCGGGCCUUUGCACUGAAUUUGGGGGGUGGGCAGAGAGAAGUCUCUCUCUAGGAACUCAGAUUCCCAACAAUUGUCAGCACAGGGACCUUUCAUGGCCCUUUGGCACCUGAUGGAAAUGGCAUGGCCAGGUGUUGGGGUUGGCAGAGUGGGCAUGGCAGAGUGGUCACUUUAGCCUCGCUGCUGGAUGAGUCAGCCAGAGCUGUGUCCGAUGGAGCCAGCUGAUGACCGCUGCCCGGGGGCCCGGCUGAAAGCUGCAGGAGCUGGUACUGUGUGGACAGCGUGUGGCAGGUGGCAGUGCCCAGCAUGGUCCCUCUCAUGGGGGCAUGUGCCCUGAGCACAACUCCAGACUGCAUGGGGUCCAGACGGGGAUGUCAGGCACAGGGACUGCCUCUCCUUGCGAGACCCCCAGGACACUCUGAAAAGUGUCCAGGCAUUUCCCGCCUUGUCCCCCUGUGGUCACAGCCUGCAAAGGCAGAUCCAGUCGCAGGAUGUGAGAUUUGUCACCCAUAUGGUCCGUUCCAUCGUCACCGUUCGGAUGCCACAUUCGGGGACAGAGGUCCCUGAGCAGUGUGCUGCCAUGGAGACUUGGGUGUUUGCGUUUUUAAGGUUCCAUGGAAGUUUAAUGCAAUUCAGUUGCGUUACAUUUUAAAAUUAUCUAUUCAUUACAUUUUAAAAUAUUACUGUACUAGAGGCCAGGCUUAGUUCAAAUCAGUGUGUGUCUGCAUGUGUGUAUGUGUGCAUGUGUACACACAUGUGUGCACGUGUCACAGCAUGAGGAAAGUAAAAGUUACCUUUUCCCGGGACUAAUGUAGAUCCAUAAAAGGAACAAGAUUAGAAAACAGCCAGCUGCCCAACACCUGGGGUGUUUGGUCAAACCACCCGCAGUGUCCUGACCUGAAACUUUCAUUGGACGAGGAAGAGGAAGAGGAGGUGGGGACCCCUAGGGGCACCUGAGGGGAUGUCCUCAAGGUCCCUGAGGCCCUUUCCACCAGCAGUAGCUGAAUCUCUGAUAUUUUAAAAGUAUCCGCAACAUCAGCACUGAGGCCUAAACUCGACCUGUAUUUUUGCCUCUUUGGUUUUGGGAUUUCUUGCACAUGUGGGACCUGUGAAGAGAUCUCCGUGUGGGCACAGCCCCGAAGGAGGAGGCAAGUGGCCCUGAGCCUGGGGCCAACGUCCCCUUCCCCAGGUACAGAGCUGCCUGAGGUCUGGGGAUGUCUCCAGUGUCCCUGGACAAUGGCACCAGGAGACACGUGGCCUUCCUGGGUUGUGGCUCGCAAAUGGCUGUAAAAAACAUCUUAAAGAUCAGACAGAGAGGAUCACAGUGGCUGCCACGUGGCCUUGUCACUGUGUCCUCUGUCCCACAGGGCUGGUCACUUCAGAUCCUGUCACUUCAUCCUCUGUGAAGUCACUGAGUUCCCUUCAACAGGGUCCACCUUGCUCCACAUCGGCCCUGGGGAAGGUGGUGUUGCUGUCACAUCCAGUGGAAGCGGCAGGACUUGUAGGCCUUUUGUUGGGACCAUAAAAUCACAAAACUCUCAUUCUGUUCCCAAAUCCGGCUUCCCAGUCGCUGAGCCUGAGUGGUUCCUGCACCCCUGCCACCUGUGGAGGAGAUGGUGUGACAGUGCUCGUGUUGCCCACAGACAGUUGGAGGCCCAGAGGCUCUGGGGAUCUGUGGGACACAUCGAACAGCCCUGCCUCUGUUCUGCCCCCUCUAAGUGCCAUUGUUCCCAGCAUUUUCCAUUAGAGCAAAGGUCUCUAUGCAGAGAGCAGAACCUGCACACGCUGUGCUGGAUCUCAUGGAGAAUGCUGGCUGGUUGCACAGGUGUGUGCAUGGUGGAGGAGGGUACCCCCAUCCUGAGAGCUGCUGGGUGUGGCUCCAGCCCCCUGACCCUGGGAGCCUGUGUGUCCACUCCUCACUGGCUCUGCAGACCUUGGCAAAGCCACAUGCCUCCUGGAACACUCCUGAGCCUGGCAAGGUAAUGAGAUGCUAGGCCUCAGGCGCCCCUCCUUUGUCAGAUUGUGCUUUAUAGUCUACAGCUUUUGUUGUUUGUUUCUUUUGAAACA